AUGACGUCUACUGCUUUGCGCCGUCUUUUCACAGAAUAUAAAGAAUUAAUAUCAAAUGCUCCUCAUGGAAUCAUGGCAGGACCUAUGGAUGAGAGCAAUUUUUUCGAAUGGGAAUGUUUAUUAGAAGGACCUCAAGAUACACCAUUUGAAGGAGGACUUUUUCCAGCAAUCCUAAAGUUUCCAAGGGAUUAUCCUUUAAAUCCUCCAGUUAUGAGAUUUACAUGUGAAAUGUUUCAUCCCAAUGUUUAUCCGGAUGGAACAGUUUGUAUUUCGAUUUUACAUGCACCUGGUGAUGAUCCAAAUAUGUAUGAAUCAUCGUCUGAACGAUGGUCUCCUGUGCAAAGUGUUGAAAAAAUCCUUUUGAGCGUUAUGUCAAUGCUUGCAGAACCUAAUGAUGAAAGCGGUGCUAAUAUUGAUGCAUGUGUAUGA